AGUAUAAAGCGACAGCACCAGUUAUCUCAUUAGUGAGUUACAUACGUUGCGUAUCGGAGGAAGCAGCAGCCUUCAAUUAUGUUGUGGCACGAACUUUUGCUUCUACCUCUGUCGCUUUUAUUCGCGCAACACUUUGUUGAUGCGGCGCGAAUACCACGAUCCACAGAACCGCCGCCUGUCAUCGAGAAUUGCGGCUAUAAGGCAUGUCAUGCCACAGAUCCGUCUAAACUUAAUAUUCAUCUGGUUUCACAUACUCACGACGAUGUCGGUUGGCUAAAAACUGUGGAUCAGUAUUACUAUGGAAGUCGCUCUAAGAUCCAACUGGCCGGCGUACAGUAUAUUCUUGAUAGCGUUAUUAAGGCUUUGCUAGCUGAUUCUAACAGAAGAUUUAUUUACGUGGAGACUUCUUACUUAUGGAAAUGGUGGUUAAAACAAGACGAAAAAGUACAGGCCGACGUAAGGAUGUUGAUUAAUGAAGGACGAUUGGAAAUAAUCGGAGGAGCAUGGAGCAUGAACGAUGAGGCUUGUGCUCACUAUCAUUCAAUAAUCGAUCAGUUUACAUGGGGAUUCAGGCGACUUAAUGACACGUUCGGAAGCUGUGCCAGGCCGCACAUAGGAUGGCAGAUAGAUCCAUUCGGUCAUUCCAGAGAACAGGCUUCUCUUUUCGCUCAGAUGGGAUUCGACGGGAUGUUAUUCGGUCGCAUCGAUUAUCAGGAUAAGAGUAAAAGACUAAUCGACAAAUCGAUGGAAUUUAUUUGGAAGAGCAGUCCGAGUUUAGGCCAGCGAGCGAAUUUAUUCACGGCUGCAAUGUACAACACUUACAGUCCACCACCAGGAUUUUGUUUCGAUGUUCUAUGCCAAGACGACCCAAUAAUUGAUGACCCUGAUAGCCCGGAUUACAAUAUUGAUAAAAAGGUGGAGCUUUUCCUGACGUAUGCGCAAAAUCAAUCACGUGCCUACAGAACUAAUCACAUUAUCCUUACCAUGGGGGAUGACUUUAAUUAUCAACAGGCUGAUAUGUGGUUCAAUAAUUUGGACAAACUGAUCAAAUACACAAAUCAGCGCAAUGGUUCAAGAGUCAAUGUGAUUUAUUCGACACCCUCGUGUUACUUAAAAGCCCUAAACGACAAGCAACUUCAAUGGCCCACGAAGAGCGAUGAUUUCUUCCCGUAUGCGAGCGAUCCUCAUUCUUAUUGGACCGGCUACUUCUCAUCGAGACCAACUUCAAAGUACUUCGAGCGUAUGGGAAAUAACUUGUUACAGACAAGCAAACAACUCGUCGCUCUGACAAACUUGAAGAAUCACGAUAAGAACUUGGAACACUUCCGCGAAACGAUGGGAGUAAUGCAGCAUCACGAUGCUGUUACAGGUACUGAGAAGCAAUUUGUCGCAGACGAUUAUGCACGUUUAUUGUACAAAAGUAUGGCUGACGCUGGAGACAUGAUCUCGGAGGCUAUAGGGAAAUGGUCGGGAUUAUUGAACAGCUCGACACCAUCCUUCCAGAUUUUCACGUGUUUGGAGCUGAACAUUAGCUCGUGCGCAUUUUCCGAGAAAAAUAACGUAUUCGUAGUUGCAGUGUACAAUCCUCUAAGUAGACCUGUCUCAACUUAUGUUCGUCUUCCUGUUAAAGACAAUUCUUAUUCGGUUCUAUCGAGUAUCGGACAGUCUAUAACACCCCAGAUAGUUCCGAUUCCCGAAAGAAUACAGAAAAUCCCAGGAAGGCUGAGUAAUGCGACAAAUGAGAUUGUUUUCCGUGCAACGGACGUUCCUGCCCUCGGUUGGACGCUCUAUACUAUUUCCAGAAUUCAGCAUAAGGAAAUGACAGUACAAUCUGAACCACUGGAAUUCAUAAGUAGCGAGUUAUAUAAUAUAUCCGUUAAUAAUGACGGUAACUUAAUAAUACGUUGGAACAAACAGAAAGACAUGGAACUCGUACAGUCUUUCCAUUACUAUGAAGGAGCCGAAGGUAACAACAAAGUCUUCGUUAAUAGAUCAUCUGGGGCGUACAUUUUUAGACCUAAAGAAGUAUCAGCCAAAAAUUUUAAAUACACUGGAUCGUACGAAAUUUACAAAGGUCCUGUCGUGGAAGAACUUCAUCAUACGAUAAACGAGUGGGUUAGUCAAGUAGUUCGAAUUUAUCCAGCAGAACAGCACAUCGAAUUCGAUUGGCUCAUUGGCCCGAUACCUAUAGAGGAUAAGAUUGGCAAAGAAAUCGUCACGAGAUACUCAAGCAACUUGAAAACGGACAGCGUAUUUUACACAGAUAGCAAUGGGAGAGAAAUGUUAAAGCGUGUGAGAAAUUAUCGGCCAACGUGGGAUUUGGAUGUGCAGGAACCGGUAUCUGGGAAUUAUUAUCCGGUGACUAGUAAAAUCUCAAUCAAGGAUGAAGAGAAACAAUUAAAGUUAAGUGUUCUGAAUGAUCGUGCUCAGGGCGGAAGUAGUUUGCAGGAUGGCGCCGUUGAAUUGAUGAUUCAUCGAAGGCUUCUCAAGGAUGAUGCAUUCGGCGUGGGCGAAGCGUUGAAUGAAACUGCGUUUGGCGAAGGUUUAGUAGCAAGAGGCACGCAUUAUCUCUUUGGAGGUAAAAUAAAAAAUGUGGAUGAAUUCGUAUUGAAGGAAAAAGAACUGGCCCUCAAAUUGACUCUACAUCCCUGGAUCUUAGGGGAUUUUCUGGGCAACAUUAAUUUGAGAAAUAUCGAAGAGAUACGUGCUAACGCCAAAUCUUCCUCGACCGGUCUUACUAAGGCACUACCGCCAAAUGUGCAUAUUCUUACAUUAGAACCAUGGAAAGAUGAUACAAUCCUGCUGAGAUUGGAGCAUAUCUUCGAGGUCGGUGAGGCGCAACAAUUAUCUCAACCGGUGGAAGUUAACCUCCAGGAUCUAUUCUCAACUUUCUCGAUUGAAUCGAUCCAAACAACUACAUUAGGCGCUAACCAGCUGUUAAACGAAAAUAAUCGUAUGCAAUGGGAACCAGAGACAAACGAUAUUCUAAGUAGGGAAGAGGACAUACAACCUGUGGAGAUUCAUGACAAUAUGAUCAAUAUUCUUUUACAACCGAUGGAAAUAAGAACAUUUAUCCUUAAAGUGAAUCGAAAAGCUCUUUAAUUUUUCAGCGAAUAUUCUUUUUUCUUAAAGAACAAUGUUCUUAUAAAAGUACAUUUAUUAU